AUGUUUGUUGACACUGCGAACGGAACCGUGCAAGGGCAAUUAACUGUUAGCUGCACCGGUGUUGAUUACUAUAGUUUCAAAGGAAUAAGAUAUGCAGAAACUCCUGUUGGAAGAUCCAGUCGAAUUAGUAUCCCAACCAAAAAUUUGCAAUGUGUGCCUGCAUUGCCAUGUUCCCAACAGGAGACCUUAAGUAAACGUUAUGUGGGCUCGGAAGAUUGCCUAACUUUGAAUAUUUAUACCAAAGAAAUAAAACCUUCCACGAGGCUGUGCCCGGUCAUGGUUUACAUAUUUGGUGGAGGAUUUAUGCGAGGUACCAGCUCUUCAGAUUUGUAUGGACCUGAUUAUCUCGUAGCUAACAAUGUAGUUGUAGUCACGUUUAAUUACCGUUUGGGCGCUUUUGGUUUCUUAAGCUUUUCAGAUCCUGAGUUAAAUGUGCCAGGAAAUGCAGGAAUGAAAGAUCAAGUUCUGGUAUUAAAAUGGGUAAGAAAAUAUACAUCACUUGGUGGUGAUUCUAAUAAUGUAACAUUAUUUGGUGAAAGUGCCGGCGCUUGCAGUGUGCAUAUGCAUAUGCUAUCACCGAUGUCUGAAGGUCUAUUUCACAAAGCGAUCGCUCAGAGCGGCUCAGCAUUUAAUCACCGAUCAGUAAGCGAUCCCAAACGUUCGCUGUUAUUGGCAGAACGAUUUGGCUGGACCACGAAUUUGGCAAAGACCAGAUUGAAUUUAAGAAGCUGCUACGCCAAACAGAUUGUACAAAGACAAGAAACACUUCUAACUCCACAGGUUUUGUAA